AUGAAACAACUUAUAUUAGCAUUGUGUUUGUUAGAACUUACUCUCGCAGUAUACCCAACUGGAUGUAAGAAGAAAGGAUAUCAUUGUGUCUUUGAUGGUAUCAAACAUGAUAAGUAUUUUGAGUGUAAUGAAUUUUAUGAAGGAAUAAGAACAUGUCCUAGGAAUACUAAAUGUAUUAGUAAUGCUCAUCACACUAAUGUAAUUCCAUGUGAAUUUGUAAAAGAAGAAGUAAUGGAUGUUCUUCCAGUUGAUGUUAUUAACUCUGAAUUCGAAUGUAAAGCUGAUGGAUUCUACUGUGUUAUUGAUGGACUUCAUGACCGUGAUUAUUAUGAAUGUUCUCCAGAUUUUAAUGGAUUUAGGCAUUGUGCUCUUGGAACUCAUUGUAGAGGUGCAGAAAAUAAUCCAUAUAAUUUCAAUCCAUGUGUUGUUGAUGAAGUUCUUAUUAGUUCAAGUACAAAAUCAUCGUCAGAAUAUCCAAGUCAAGAAAAAAGUUCAACUGGAGUAUCAUCUGAAGAACGUUCAUAUUCUGAUAUAAGUUCUAGUGAAAAGAAGUCAUCUGAAGAGCCAACUACUCCAUCAACUGGAGUAUCAUCUGAAGAACAUUCAUAUUCAGAUCAUUCAUGUCCAGAUAUAAGUUCUAGUGAAAAGAAGUCAUCUGAAGAACAUUCAUAUUCAGAUCAUUCAUGUCCAGAUCAUUCAUGUCCAGAUCAUUCAUGUCCAGAUCAUUCAUGUCCAGAUCAUUCAUGUCCAGAUCAUUCAUGUCCAGAUCAUUCAUGUCCAGAUCAUUCAUGUCCAGAUCAUUCAUGUCCAGAUCAUUCAUGUCCAGAUAUAAGUUCUAGUGAAAAGAAGUCAUCUGAAGAACAUUCAUAUUCAGAUCAUUCAUGUCCAGAUCAUUCAUGUCCAGAUCAUUCAUGUCCAGAUCAUUCAUGUCCAGAUCAUUCAUGUCCAGAUCAUUCAUGUCCAGAUCAUUCAUGUCCAGAUCAUUCAUGUCCAGAUAUAAGUUCUAGUGAAAAGAAAUCAUCUGAAGAACCAACCACUCCAUCAAUUGGAGUAUCAUCUGAAGAACAUUCAUAUUCUGAUAUAAGUUCUAGUGAAAAGAAAUCAUCUGAAGAACCAACCACUCCAUCAACUGGAGUAUCAUCUGAAGAACAUUCAUAUUCUGAUAUAAGUUCUAGUGACAAGAAAUCAUCUGAAGAACCAACCACUCCAUCAACUGGAGUAUCAUCUGAAGAACCAACCACUCCAUCAACUGGAGUAUCAUCUGAAGAACAUUCAUAUUCUGAUAUAAGUUCUAGUGACAAGAAAUCAUCUGAAGAACCAACCACUCCAUCAACUGGAGUAUCAUCUGAAGAACCAACUACUCCAUCAAUUGGUAUAUCAUCUGAAGAACAUUCAUGUCCAGAACAUUCAUGUCCAGAUACAAGUUCUAGUGACAAGAAGUCAUCUGAAGAGCCACCCUGUUCAGAUGAUACUUGUAUCAGCUCUGAAGAAAAUUCAAAUUCUGGAGAUUUCCAAUGUACUCAAGAUGGUCUUUUCUGUGUUAUUGAUGGAGUGCAUAAUAAACAAUACUAUGAAUGUGCAACAACAUUCAAAGGAUUUAGACCAUGUGCCUCAGGAACCUGGUGCCAAGGAGAACAAGAAGGUCCUUACCAAUAUAACCCAUGUGUCUGGCUUGACCAAACAACUUGGUUUAAUAAAAAAAAUAAUAACAAUGAAAACAAGUAA